AAACAAAAAAAAUCAUUACGAUGAUAUACAGUAACAAAUUGAAUAAUACAAUCACAACCGAAACGAAACACAUAUUAAAUAACUUCCCAAAUGAUAAGCCAAAAUAAAGGCAGAGCAAGAACCAGAUCUCAGUGUCUUUGAAACUCCGGCGAGAAUGACUCCGGUGUCGGAGCGGGCAAAGCUUCACAUAGCGAUGGUCGUGUUUCAGACGGGCUAUGCGGGGAAUCACGUGAUCAUGAGAUUCGCUCUCAACAUGGGAGUUAGCAAACUCGUCUUCCCACUUUACAGGAACAUCAUUGCUCUCUUUGUUCUUGCCCCCUCUGCCUAUUUCCUCGAAAAGAAAGAUAGGCCGGCGAUGAACCGCAGCUUUCUGAUCCAGUUCUUCUUCCUUGGGCUUGUUGGAAUAACGCUGAAUCAAGGAUUUUACAUAUUCGGACUGGACAAUACCUCACCGACAUUCGCUUCGGCAACCGAAAACGCUGUUCCUGCAGUCUCGUUCCUCAUGGCUGCACUGCUCGGGAUAGAGAAGGUGGAUUUGAAGAGCAAAGACGGUGUAAGCAAGGCGGUUGGUACCGUUGUAUCAGUGGCAGGUUCUUUGGUUAUAACGUUAUACAAAGGGCCGAGCAUUUACCAACCGAGCCUUGGUUUGGACCGUCCGCAAAACACGAAACAAUACAAGAACUGGACUCUGGGUUGCAUCUGUCUGAUGGGUCACUGCCUGUGCUGGUCGAGCUGGAUUGUGUUGCAAGCGCCCUUUUUGAAGAAGUACCCUUCCUGCUUCUCCUUUGUCUCCUAUUCCUGUCUCUUCGCCGUCCUUCAGUUCUUCGGGAUCGCCCUUUAUUUCGAGAGUGAUUCCGACGCCUGGAAGAUCAGCUCCCCGGCCGAAGUCUCUGCUUUAUUGUAUUCGGGACUGGUAGCAUCAGCAAUGGUGUUCGCAAUACAAAUAUGGGUUGUGAACAGGGGAGGCCCUCUCUUUGUAUCAGCGUAUCUGCCUCUUCAAACUUUGCUCGCUGCUUUUAUGGCUGCCGUAGCUCUUGGAGAACGUUUCUCCAUUGGCGGACUUGUUGGAGCAAUAUUGGUCAUAGUUGGACUGUACUUGGUUGUGGUGGGAAAGAGUUUGGAGAGCCAAAGAAUACGUGGAGAAAAUAUAAUCUUUUCCACCUCUGAAAUUGGUGACGGUGAAUACGAAACAAAAUCUUCUGUAGUUCAGCCAUUGCUCCCUAAUAGUAUGACGUGUCAGCAAUGAUUGAAUUUAUUAUUACUUUUUAAAUAUUCAUCCUCGUGUUAUACUUGUUUUUACGUUUUAAAUAUUUUCUUGCAUUGUGGAGGUUAGAUUUUAAA